AUGUCACUUAAAGUUCUUACACGUUCCGCUUCAGAUUAUAUUCGUGAAACUCCUCAUGACAUUCAUAAAAUUAAAAGAAACUUAGAUCCCAAAAUACAUCCGUUUGAAAAAGCUCGCGAAUAUAAUAGAGCUCUUAAUGCUGUUAAAUUGGAACGCAUGUUUGCAAAACCUUUUGUAGGAGCUUUAAGUGGUCACUCUGAUGGUGUAUACUGUAUGGCUAAACACCCAAAAAAAUUAACAACAUUUAUUUCUGGGAGUGGUGAUGGAGAAUUGAGAAUUUGGGAUUUGACCGAACGAAUAACUACAUGGAAAGUUGCUGGACAUAAAAGUAUUAUCAAAGGUGUUUGCUGCAGUCCAGUAAACAAUAACCUUUAUUUUUCAUGUGGAACUGAUAAAACAAUAAAAAUCUGGAAUCCUGAACAAUCGAGAGAAGAACCAUUAAACACAUUUAUUGGAAAAUUCGCAUAUAGCGCAAUAGAUCAUCAUCGUUCAAAUUCAAUAUUUGCGACAUCUGGAUCACAAAUUGAUGUUUGGGAUGAAAAUAGAUCGAAUCCUAUCAAAACUUUUACAUUUGAUUCUGAAAUGACGAAUACUGUUCGAUUUAACCAAACCGAAGUAAACAUUUUAGGUAGUUGUGGGACGGAUCGUGAAAUAGUACUUUAUGAUCUUAGAAUGAAUUCACCUUUGAGUAAAUUAGUCAUGAAGACCAAUGCUCUCGCUUGGAAUCCAAUGGAAGCAUUCAUUUUCGUAACCGCAAAUGAGGAUCAAAAUUGUUACACUUUUGAUAUGCGUAAAAUGGAUUGUGCUUUAAAUGUUUUCAAAGAUCAUGUUUCAGCAGUAUUAGAUGUAGAUUAUUCUCCAACAAGUGAAGAAAUUGUUACUGGUGCAUACGAUAAAACUAUUCGUAUUUUUAAUGCACGUCAAGGACAUAGUCGUGACGUUUAUCAUACAAAACGAAUGCAGCGUAUUUUCUGUGUUAAAUAUAGUAUGGAUUCAAAAUAUAUACUUUCUGGUUCAGAUGAUGGUAACGUUAGACUUUGGAAAACAAAUGCAUCGGAAAAAAUUGGACCGAAGGAUUUCAGAGAACGAGCUCAUCUAGAAUAUUCAGAUCGACUAAAAGAAAGAUAUAAAAGUCUACCGGAAAUAAAAAGAAUUUCAAGACAUAGAAAUAUUCCAAAAGAAAUAAAAAAUGCCCAAUAUAAAAAACGUAUUAUGCUUCAAUCUCGAAAACAAAAAGAAGAGAAUUUGCGCAAACAUUCAAAAAAGGGUUCGGUUCCAUAUCAAGCAGAAAGAAAGAAAUCUAUUAUUGGUAUCGCCAAAUAA